CUAAAAGACGAUGCUGUGCCAACUAUAUUGGAUCCGACAGUUAUGUCGCACCACACAAGUGCCUCCUGCUGACCCUUCUCCAGUUGGGUCUGGAGUGCAGCGGCGUGCGGCCGAGAGGACUUCUGGAAAAUGAAGUCCAGUCUGAAACAGUGGCGGCGGCUCACCCUCGGCCUCAUGCUGGCCUGGGUGCUGCUGUUCCUGGCACUCCUCUCCUACUUCAUGGAUUCACGAGUGGAUGAACCACAUUCAGCUGCCGCUCUCUCCUACACAGACACGCGCCGCCUGACCUCGCUGCAGGGCAACCCCCGCAGCAUAAUGGCCACCCAUUUGGGGCUUGCCACCUCCGCCACCCCCUCCGCUUCCAGCAACACCCAACAGGAGCAAAGCCAGGAGGAAAACCCCAGUGCUGACCCCCAGCCUAGUCCACUCAGCCAGGAGGCCUACCCCUAUCCCGACCCUCAGAGCCUGGCGGCCUGGUCUGCAUUCGGCACCCAGGACGUGGGCUCCAGAUCUGCCGCUGUAAGUCGCAGCCGUGAGAGACAAGAGUAUAACCAGGAUUCACCUCAGCAGGAUGAAGAAGAGGAGGAGGAAGAGGUGGUGGGAGGAGAAGAGGAAGAUGAAGAGGAGGCAGAUAACGGCAGGAGGAGGACGACUAAACGACUGGCUAGGCAUGAUGACUCUGACCCGGAUGAGUAUUAUGUUCCCAGGUCAAAAUCCGUAGUGCACGGUUUGUGGAAAGGGAGUUUGUCAGUGGGCAUGCUCAGUCCUCGCCUGCAGAGAGCUAUGAAAGACUACCUGAAUAAUAAUAAACACGGCGUGACCUACAGGGGGCACCGGAAGACACAACAGAGUGGCCAGCAGGUGUUGUGUGAGCUGAAGAAGGGGGAGAAGGUUCGAACUUUGGAUGGAGCUGAGAUGCCUUUCUCUAAUUUAGGCUGGCAGAAGAUUGUACCUGCCUUACCCUUAAGCCAGCUCUACAGGCCAGGCUUCCAGACCUGCGCCGUGGUCACCUCUGCCGGAGCCAUGCUUCACUCGGGACUUGGAAAGGAGAUUGAUUCCCAUGAUGCAGUGCUGCGUUUUAAUACAGCUCCUACCGAGGGUUAUGAAAGAGACGUUGGGAAUAAAACCACCAUACGCAUCAUCAACUCUCAGAUCCUGGCGAAUCCCAAGCACCAGUUCAACACAAGCUCGCUGUAUAAGAAUAUAACGCUAGUAGCGUGGGAUCCUGCUCCAUACACCCUCAACCUGCACAAAUGGUACUCAAAUCCAGACUACAACCUGUUUACUCCAUAUAUGGAGUACAGGAUGCACGUCCCUGCUCAGCCUUUCUACAUCCUGCACCCAAAAUACAUCUGGCAGUUAUGGGACGUGAUUCAGGGUAACAAUCUGGAGAACAUUCAGCCCAAUCCGCCCUCCUCAAGUCUUUUAGGCAUCCUGCUGAUGAUGUCCUUGUGUGAAGAGGUUCACGUGUACGAGUACAUUCCUUCACUGCGACAGACGGACCUGUGCCACUACCAUGAGCGUUACUAUGAUGCCGCCUGCACUCUGGGUGCAUACCAUCCCCUGCUUUAUGAGAAAAAGCUCAUCCAGCGCAUGAACAUCGGCUCUGAGGACGAUCUCAAACGGAAAGGCAAGGUCACGCUCCCUGGAUUCAAGAAUGUCCACUGUGAGCCCUGAACAGCAAGAUGCAAUAACGGCCUUUGUUAAGCAGAAGUGAUCUGCAGACUGACGCAGGAGCGCACCGAGACGGUUCAGAGCGGACUGUGUUGUAUAGACUAUGAUGGUGUUCUGCGGGACAAAAUCUUCUGCUGUAGUUCACUCAAAAAUGCAUUUCCUGAGCCUAAGCUUAAAGAUGGUCAGAACAGCAAUAGAUUUGUGGAUGUCUGUGGUGGUAAAAGCCAUCAAAAACAGUGUUUUUUAAUUUAAUUUUAUUAUUUUUAAUGGAAAACUGUUUUUCACAGGGUUUAAAGUAUUAGCAGUCAUAGACACUGAAAGCUACACUGUCGGGAAAAAAAAGCAUUCACAUAAAUACAUUUUAACACAAAGGCAGAAUUUAUACUCUGACUAAAAAUGAGCUUUAUUAAUCUUUCUAAAGAUUUUUUUUUUCGCAUACAGAUUUAAAGCUUCUUGCCAUAAUGUUGUGAUUGUUUUUUUUAAGGUGUCAUUUUCUGCUGUAAUAUACAUUGUGCCACAAUCAUAAGCCUCUUCCAGAAUGUCUCGCUGAACUGUGGCAAAUGAAUCAAUAGUUUUUUCCUACUUUAUAAAUGAUCCUUCAAAAGCAGAGUGCUUGCAUGCACCUGUUAUUGAAUGUGGUUUAUUUAAUUCUCUUCUAGUAAUUUUAUACUUUGAAAAACCUGUCAAGACAGGUAGUUUACAGAAAAUAGUUGUCAUUGAAUAAGAUUUCAUCACUUGUACUAUGGACUCAUUGCAGCACUGUAAAUCUUAUUUGGGACUUUAAUGUUGCUGGCAAUAUAACAAGUACAGUGGUGGUAUUAUUUGUUUAAUUUAAACCAAGGUUUUUAAUGUCUUGUAGCCCCUAAAACCAAGAGGUUUCUUGACUCCUGCUGAAGUCUUCUUUAAAAGCGAAUGAAAGACCAGUGCAUCUUUGCAUCAUCUUCUCUUAAAUGUACAGUUAUUCAUUUAAAGCCAUUUACUUUGUGGUUUGACUUUUCUACAGGAGGUAAAACUUGAAGGUUUGUUAUUAACUUGUGUGCAUUGUUUCAAUGUGUGCCAUUUGAAUUAAGACGGAACACUUUCGCAGGCUGAUUUUUCUGUAGAUCUGGUGAGGAGAGCUAACGUCUGUUUUAAUCGCUGUUGUAUACUAUAGAAGUAAAACUAGUAAUUGAUUUCACUCAGGAGCUCAUGAUACUCUGGAGCUGCGGCUCUCACCAUGGUGAAAUAUUUCAUCUUCCUUCUAGUUCUAUGAUAGGCAGAGAUGUCAAGCUAAUAUUUGACCUUUACUCUGUCUUGUUUCCUCAUGUUGGGGGAUUGUAAAUGUAGAGAAACUGAAUAAUAAGUUGUUGUUGAUUUUUUUACAGUGGAAUACAAAAUUAGGUUUGGAUGUAAAAUUUAAUGAGUGUCAUCAUCUCAAUAUGACUCAUUAUUGGGCUGGCUGUGGUUGUCUGGCAUGUGUGACCAAUCGCAGUCCAGCACACUUGCCUCCAGUCUGUAACAGUUUGAUUAUGAAAUAGUUUUUUUGUUUGUUUGUUUUUUUGCCUUUUUGCUUUUUUUUUUAUUUUAUUUUAUUUUUUUAUCAACAUGGUAAUGGAAAUUAAAUGACAGUGGGUGAGCAUAUAAACUAGCUGCCGUUGAAGUGUU